GAUAAUAUUUAAAUACUUCAUUAAAAAUACAUUCUGUGUUAUUUUCAAUAUUUAGAUUUACGAAAAGUUACAUCACUGUAAUUAAAUUCCCCUCAUGGAAGGCAUUAAGUUUAGCCCCCCUCCAUUGGGGAGUGAGGUCACGCAUGCGCAAACUAGUAUUUGUAUUCACGUGUGUGAAGGACAUAGCCGUCAGUCUGCGCUGGGUGAGCUAGGAAGCGGAGGUUACUUUGUGAUAUACCGGGAACACGGACAGCAUGGCAGGUCAGGCUUUCAGAAAAUUCCUCCCUUUGUUUGAUCGGGUUCUUGUGGAACGAUUAGCUGCAGAAACUGUAACUAAAGGAGGAAUCAUGCUACCGGAAAAAUCACAAGGGAAAGUGCUUCAAGCAACAGUGGUGGCAAUUGGAGGUGGAUCCAAAGGAAAGGAUUUCUAUAACUGGCCUGAUGAAUCCUUUGAGGAAAUGGAUAGUACACUGGCUGUUCAGCAGUAUAUACAGCAAAAUAUAAGAGCAGACUGUUCAAACAUUGACAAAAUUCUGGAACCCCCUGAAGGCCAAGAUGAAGGCGUAUGGAAAUAUGAACAUCUUCGGCAGUUUUGUCUUGAACUUAAUGGACUUGCUGUCAAACUUCAGACUGAGUGCCACCCAGACACUUGUACUCAGAUGACGGCUACUGAACAAUGGAUAUUUCUUUGUGCAGCUCACAAAACUCCAAAAGAGUGCCCUGCUAUAGACUAUACAAGGCACACGCUUGAUGGAGCUGCAUGUCUUCUGAAUAGCAAUAAAUAUUUUCCUAGCAGGGUUAGCAUUAAAGAAUCUUCUGUAGCCAAACUAGGAUCGGUGUGUCGUAGAAUUUACAGAAUAUUUUCUCAUGCAUACUUUCAUCAUCGCCAAAUAUUUGAUGAAUAUGAGAAUGAAACCUUCUUGUGUCAUCGGUUUACUAAAUUUGUGAUGAAGUAUAACUUGAUGUCCAAGGAUAAUUUAAUUGUACCAAUUUUGGAAGAAGAGGUUCAGAAUUCAGUUGCCGGAGAGAGUGAAGCAUGAUUCACAAUAGUGACAGAGAAACUCAGCUAUAUUGAGGAACCUAUUAACAAUUAAGUACUGUAUAUAUCAUUUUAGACACUUCAAUCAUGUAUCCUUAUUAUAGCUUCUUUUGUUUAGUAUAAUUUUUGUAUACUACAUGCAUUGCCUUUUAAAUUGGGGAAUACUUUUUAAGUUAUUCAUGUGCUGUAUAUUCAUCAAUGUGGCUCUCAUGGUUUUUAAGAUAUUUUGGAUAUUUAGUAUCAUUUGUUUAUAAUGCCUGUUAAUAAAAUUGGUUCCAGUUAUGUAUGUUUUAUGCUACACAAUCUUGAAGCAGUAGUGCUUACUUUAAGAAGAAGAAAAACAAAACUUCAGGAAACACAUCACAAACUUUCAUAGACAGUUUAUUAAUAAAAAUGCAUUGAUAUCCUAAGAGAAUGCAGGACGUCUCACUGUAAAGCAUUUUCAAGAUUAUUUUUUUGCUGUGAAAAUAUAUAAAACUGAAUUUUGCUGUUAUAGGCUUGUCAGUAAAUUAAGCGGUGAAAUGUUGGUAUAUGCAAAAGUAUUUUUAAAUCUAGAAUAGUUACUUACCACUCGGGUGGAUGAGUGUGUGGGUCAUGUCAGAAACAUUGUGAUAUGCUACAAGUCAGGGCUUUUCAACUCCAUUAUUCAAGUCCCACCAACAGACGUUAUUUUAAGGCUUUCCCUAAGUGAGCACUGGUGAGACAAUCGCAAUGACUGAGCUGCUUAACAGCUCAAGAAGGGAACAUUUUAAAAUGCCAACUGUUAGGGCUUCUUGAAAAUUGGAGUUUGGGAAAUCCUGCUAUUAGACCCCUUCCAACUGGAAGACAAUUUACCUCACCUCAAGUAGCUCCAGUCUGUAAAUACAUUCGUAUUCUGAGCAUUAUUUUUCUUUUAACUAUUUAAAAGUUACCAACCUGAAUUAGCUAUGAACCUACUGUCAUGCCAUUUAAUAAAGCAUAUUACCUACUUUACCACUA